AUGGACGCCAUGGAUGAGAGCCCUGAUGAGACUUCCGCAGUCCCUGUCGAUCUGGGUGGCAGUGAUGCAGCUGGGUACAAGGCCCGCGGGUAUCAGCUGGAGAUGCUCCAAGCAAGUCAACAGCAGAAUAUCAUUGUUGCGAUGGAUACUGGCAGUGGGAAAACCCAUAUUGCCGUUCUGCGCAUCAUUUCCGAGCUCGAGCGAUGCCCUGCAGAUAAGUUGGUCUGGUUCCUAGCACCAACGGUAGCCUUGUGCCUCCAACAACAUGAUGUUAUUGCUUCUCAGAUUCCGUCUAUUAAGACUCGAACGUUGAUAGGUGCCGACAAUGUUGAUAGGUGGACCGAACAGGCCGUCUGGAAUAAUGCCCUCAAAGAUAUUCGCGUUGUUUGUUCGACACAUGCAGUUCUUUCCGAUGCGUUGAAUCAUGGAUUCGUGCGCAUGUCACAGUUGGCCCUGCUGGUAUUCGAUGAAGCUCACCAUUGUACACGGGGCCAUCCGGCAAACAAGAUCAUGCAGUACCACUACCACCCGACGCUUUCCAAACUCGGCCCACAUGCCGUUCCCCGAAUUCUGGGACUCACCGCGAGUCCUAUUGUCCGUUCAAAUCCAAAGGAGCUAGGAUUGAUCGAGGCAAACUUGAAUGCUGUGUGCAAGGCCCCACGGAAACAUAGAUCUGAGCUACUUGAGCAUGUUCAUCGCCCGCGGUUGGAGUGUAUUCCUUACCCACAUUAUGAGAUUGAGCAAGGCCUUGUCGGGAGCAGACUGUUGCCGUCUCUUGUGAAAUGCGUCAAAGCGUACGACAUACAGGAGGACCCUUAUUUCGACAUGAUUAGAGAAAGACCAGAGAAAGCAUUGGAAGCAGGGAAAAUCUUCACAACUGGGGAGACAUAUUGCAGCGAGCAGCUGACAAAGUUCCUUGAGCGAGCCUGUCACAUGUAUGCUGAACUUGGCGGUUGGGCGGCCGACUACUUCAUCCAAGCAUCGAUCGACCAAUUUCGACGAUCACUUGAAAACGAUGACUCCAUGACGAGUUUGGACCGGGCUGAGAGAGUCUACCUCCUGGAACUCCUACUCGGUAUGCGAAUGCCCGAAGAUAGUACGGACAGCAUUCACAUUUCUCCAAAACUGGAGAUACUGCUCUCCUUCCUCGAGAGAAUGGAUCAUGCCGAGUUCUCAGGGAUAAUAUUUGUCAAACGACGAGCGGUGGUCAGCGUCCUGACUCGACUAUUGCCACUCCACCCCGCGACUAGAGAUCGCUUCAGGUGUGCAUCUUUCGUCGGGUGGUCGAACAACGCCACCUCGAAAGACUCGCUGGGCGACUUGCUCACUCGAGAUAUGCAACGCGACACGUUAUCCGAGUUUAAAGCUGGGCGGAAGAACCUCAUUGUUGGCACCGAUGUCCUUGAAGAAGGUCUGGAUGUCAGCUCGUGCCGCUUGGUCAUUUGUUACGACAAGCCAGCAAAUCUGAAGUCGUUCAUUCAGCGACGCGGACGAGCACGACAUGAGGACUCGACGUAUGCUAUUAUGCUAUCGACCAAAGAUGACUCACUUCGAUUAUCGAAAUGGCAAGAGUUAGAGCAAACGAUGAUUGCAGCUUAUCAAAAUGAGGAGAGGCAACGGCAAGAGGCAUUAAACCUUGAGGCAAAGCAAGAGAUAGUUGAUGAGUGGUUGUUUGUUGCAUCCACAAGUGCCCGAAUUUCUGCAGACGAUGCGAUGCAACACCUCCACCACUUUUGCUCCCUACUACCCACCGAUCAAUACGUGGACAAUCGUCCUAUGUUCUCUUUUGAAGAGGACUUGAGUCGUCUCGUUCGUGGCACAGUCACUCUUCCCAAUUCAGUUCACCCGGCGGUUCGUCAAACACGGGGUAAGCGCUGGUGGCGCACCGAGAUCGCAGCCAGAAAGGAAGCUGCGUUUCAGGCUUACAAAUCUCUUUGGGAGUACGGCCUGGUAAAUGAUAACCUCUUACCACUGAAUCGGAAGCCAGAGCUCAGAUUCACGGAAGAAAUGUCCAUGCCAGCUUUGAUAGACUGCUCCGCGCAAUAUGAUCCCUACAUUGAUUUGGCUCAAGACUGGGUGAUGCAGGAGCUCCAUGAGACAACCAUCACAGUAACAGACAACAGCACUGGUGCUGUGAAUGAGGACCUGCUGAUGUCGAUCGUGCUUCCAAGAGGGGUGCCCGCACCAGACCCUCUGAAAUUCUUUUGGGAGAAUGAAACUAGCAUGACGGUGACUUUUGGAACAAGUCAGCCCAUCAGCCCGAAUCCAACAGUGGAGAUCAUCCAAAACAUGAGAACCAUUACCGGCAUGUUCCUUCAAGCCCCAUCGUCUCGCUUGCAAGGAACCGAUAGAGACUAUGUGGCUCCUUUUGUCCCUAGCAUACCGGUCCAGCAGCUUGGAACUUGGAUCCAGCGCUACGAAGGUACCGAAAAAGCUGUAGAUCUCCACGAGCAUGAUCACAAUGUUCCCCUUAUUGGUAUUAUCCGUGAUACUGCAAAGUACAGCGAACCGCGACUGUUUCGUAUGUGGCACGCGGAAGGAGGAUUGGAGAUUGAAUGUCGGAGCUUGCCCAAGCGACGAAACCUCCUCCAAUAUCGAAAUCCAUCUCAGCUAGCGGAUGAAAUGGAGGAAGCACCUCCUAAGAUCCAUGUGAUUCCAGCCGUAGGCUGCACGGUUGAUAGACUCCCAUGGAAGAAGUCCAAGUUUGGUCUAUUCAUCUCCGCGAUUCUUGACCGCUUUGAAGCCACAAUCGUUGCGCACAGAGUCAACGAGACCAUCCUGAAGGGAGCUGGAAUUCAGAACCUUGGACAUGUCUUGACGGCAAUUACCACGCCACUCGCCCAGGCACCCACACACUACCAGCUCUUUGAGUUCUUUGGCGAUUCGGUCCUCAAAUUCACGGUGAGCUGUCACCUAUUUUAUUCGCAGCCGACAUGGCACGAGGGGUAUCUCUCUGAAAGCCGUGACAAGCUCAUCAAAAACCAACGGCUUGCGCGGGCUGCACUGGAUACUGGUCUCGAUCAGUUUAUCUUGAAUGAUCGGUUUACACCUCGCAAAUGGAAGCCACCAUUUAUUUCCAGCAAAUCGGCGCUGGCAGCUAACCGACCGACGCGCAAGUUGUCCAGGAAGGUUCUCGCCGACGUGGUCGAAGCAUUGAUCGGUGCCGGAUACAUGGAUGGCGGUUUGCGAAGGGCACAGGCUUGUCUACACCGGUUCUUGCCGGAAAUAGAGAUUCCAGAAACUGUCCCACCGAGAGAACAGGACCCAGAUCUCGCCAGCAAUCUACUGGACCCGGAGACCAUCGGCAGACUAAUUGGAUAUACCUUCCAAGACCCCUCGCUCCUAACUGAGGCAUUGACCCACUCGUCGUGCGAGCAUGAUAUGCGGACUCAAUCAUACCAGCGCAUCGAAUUCUUGGGUGAUGCAGUGCUUGACAUGGCAGUUGUCACCGUCUUCGCAGAGCUAGACCAGCAAUUCCCUGAGGGAAAGAUGACCAUGAUCAAGCACUCCGUCGUCAACUCUGGCCUUCUGGCAUUCCUGUGUAUGGAGAUGACCGCCGACGGCACCGGACUAUGGAAAUUCCUGCGCUACAAUGGACCGGCCAUUGGGGCUGCCCGAGAUGCAUCUGUCGCACGACAUCAGGAAAUGCGCGAAGAAAUUCUCCACGAACUUCAAUACGGAUCCAAGUAUCCAUGGGAGCUAUUCUCACGCCUCCGCCCAGACAAGUUCAUGUCCGACAUCGUUGAAAGCACCCUCGGCGCGAUAUUCCUUGACUCAGGUGCCGACGUCAGCCUCGGUCCUUGCACCACGUUCCUAGAGAGACUGGGCUUACUUUUGUAUCUGCGACGUCUCAUUGCAGAGGAGAUCGAUGUCCAACAUCCUGUAAACAAGGCGCAGGACGCGUUUGCGAAGACGGGUGGCCAGGUGGCGUUCAAGGCGAGGCGGGUUGAGGCGAAGGGGGUUGCUGCGACGUACCGGUGCACUGCAAGUAUGAAUAAGAAUCAACUUGCGGUUAUCGAGGGAUGCGCUUCGGCUGAUGAGGCUGAGAUCAAGACGGCGUUGUGGGUUCUUGAGAAGUUCCAUGCGGGACAAUUGGCAGAGGCAGUUGCUUGA